CUGUCUUUGGUCCUGCGCUAUCUAUAGCUGACGCUAUUUUAAUAGCUGUGAAAAGAAUGGCACCUCCCUUCGGAGUAGACAAACUGUUCACGGACAUGCUUCUGUUUUGUUCCGUUCAAGACAAAAGUAUUUGGAAAAUAUUGAUAUCUCCCGUGGAUUUAAUUUGGGUUGCGAUUUAAUAUUACAAAUGAUCUCAUUGGAGAAAUAACAAAAAAGGGAACAACUCCAGUGGUGCGCAGAACAAAAUGGAUUUGCCAUAUCUCCCAGGACUUGAUUCAGGGAUAGCCAAGUUAAAGUUAGUAGUGGAGGGUGCCGUUUUUACAGAAGAGAAAGAUUUUCUAGUCCAGAGCUGUGAAUAUUUCCAAGCUCUCUACCGUUCAGGGAUGAAAGAAUGCCGGCAGCAGGAAAUCCACUUAAAGGGUCUGUGUGCUAGAGGAUUUCUGAUUGCACUGGUGGUUUUGCGAGGUGAGAGACCCAUCCUGGAUGCUGACGAAAUUGUGGAGGCCAUAGAAUGUGCUGCCUUCCUGCAGGUGCAGCCUUUGGCCAAACAUCUUGUUGAAAUUAUCGACUCUGAUAACUGCCUGCUCAUGUAUCACACCGCUGCGAACUUUGGCCUAAUGGCUCUCUACCAUGCUGCUGCAAUGUUCAUCCGGAACAUGUACCAUGACUUAGAAUCCGAAGUCAGAAAAAGCUUACCGAUAGAGCUUGUUUUGUAUGUAGAGUCUUUAGUUCCUAGUACAUUUGUAGCAGUUGGAGCCCACUCAACGUGUGGUGUGAAUGAAACCAUCCAUGUCGGCAAUAGGACUUUGUGCCACCUGGAUGAUGAUGGGAAAAGCUGGAAGGUCCUCACAGAGCUACCCCCAAAGGCCAGUACUUCUAUGGCUGGAGUAACUGUUCUGGACAACAAGCUGUAUGUUGUGUGUGGAAUACAGUUGCAGGGUGCCCAAAAGCAAGCUGUGGAGUCCUGCUUCUGCUACAACGUGGAGUCCGACGAGUGGAGCACGUUUGCCAGUCCAAAACAAUUGAGGUACAACUUCCCUCUCGUGGGCCUGGAUGGAUGUCUUUAUGCCAUUGGGGGAGAGUACAAGCAAACAAUUAUGUCUUCAGUGGAAACGUACAAAGUUGGCACCGGAAGGUGGUCAUUUGCUGCACAUUUGCCACGACCAGUCGCCGGAGCAGCAUGCACCAAAAGCAUGGGCCGGAUAUUUGUGUGCUUGUGGAAGCCAAUGGAAACCACUGAAAUCUAUGAAUACCUAACCAGAAAUGAUCAGUGGUUGCUUGUCACUACUCUGAUAAGGCACCAGAGCUACGGUCAUGCCAUUGUGGCUCACCGGGACAACCUAUUUGUCAUGCGUAACGGGCCCCAAGAUGAUUUCUUAAGAUGUAUGAUGGACUGCUACAACCUUAGCACAGGUCAGUGGACAACCUUGCCCGGUCACUUUGCCAACAGCAAAGGCUCCCUGUUCACGGCCGUGGUGAGAGGCGACUCAGCUUACACUCUAAACCGAACCAUGACUUUGGAAUAUGCAAUAGAGGGGAAGACAUGGAAGCCCAGGAAUCAGAUGAAGGGUUUCCCUAGAAGUGGAUCCCUGUGGACAUUUUUUUUAAGGCUGCCCAAGGGAAACAGAUAAAAUGAAUGUAAUCCCAGGACAAUGUUAACAGAAUAGUGAUCAGAAAUCCAUUUAAGGAGAAAGUAAAUGAUCUGUUAGUGGAAAUAUUGAACUACCAACCGAGCAAAAAGAUGAAGGGAUGAAUACACUUUCAAUGCUAAAGACUUUUUAAAACCUUUUAAUGUGGCCUAAAUGAAAAAUCCAUACAACUGAGAUGUAUGCUUACUACAUAGCCUCUAAUGUGGAUUUGGUCUGACAGUUCCUUGAGUGGUAAAGGAUGGCUAAAAGGAUCAUUUUAAGAGCAUCUUGAUGACAGGACCAAAGGUCAGAUCUGACAAUUUGGAUAUGAUAAAUGUGAUAUAUCAUUCCUGGACAUUCAACACACAGUGAUUAAAAUUAUAAAUUAUGUUCUCAUUUACUUUUUAUUUACUUAAACUAUGGAUACUCAACUACUUUGAUACAUAUGUAGAAAUGUGGUGUCUGUUUACUUCUUCCAUUGUCAAACCAAUUAGUCGAAACUCCAUGGUUCUCAAAACUAGUUUCCCACAUUAGUUAAAAGGAAGGUUAGAUAUUUUUUAACCCGGGGCCUAUUUAUAGAUAAUCUAGCAUAAUCCUAGUUCAUAGACUAUAGACAUAUAUUAUUUCAGUUUAGAGUUUUUCAGAUUUUUCCUGCAGUCUCUCUCUGGGAUAAAAUUGAACUGAGAGUAACUGAUGUAGCGUUUGAAAAUAUAUGAUACAUUUGGUUUUCCAAAAUGGGAAGGCCACGGUGUCCGUAUGUUAUCCUUAACAAAUUGUGCCAAAACGAGCAUUGUAUCAAUAGUUAUGUUCUAUGUGAAACCAAAUAAUUUAUUUUGUUAAUUAUGCACUCCCUCACAACAUCUGUAAAGGUCCGCGCUAGAGCUAACAGCCUGGUGCUGUUUCAAAACAGUUGAACCAGGGGCGUAGGUUUCAUUAUACACGAGUUGGACAUGUCCCCCCCACUUUUUUUAAAAUGGCUUUUUGUCCCCCCCCAAUAUUUUUUUUUUCAAACUCUUAUUGCAAGAAAAUCUCAACCUCUUUAGAACGGUGCAGUGCCAGUUCGGUAAGCAAUUGUGUAAUUCAAAUUAGACUGGCUUUAGUACCACAUGCAAGCACUUUGCUUUGAGGUAGUUACCAUGAUAGGUCUGGUUACCGUAGUAGAUGCUACCGUUGCAACUAGCAACUGAUCUCUGGUUCAUGAAAGUUUGGUAACCUAGCUGACAUUACCUCUAGCUAAUUACCUCCUGUAACGUAUGAAUGAGGUAGAUAUUUAUCUUAUCAGAUUGUUUUUCUAAAAGCGGUAAGGUGUUGUUAUGCUAACAUGCAUAUUAGCUUGCUAGCUAAACGUUUUUUAGCUAGCUAGCAAACAGUCUACAUUACACUAGGUUCACCUCACUGAUAGCUAGCACAGAAUGACAAAAGACUGAAUUUAGACAAACAAGCAUUUUUUUAUGCAAAGACAAAGUGAGUGGUACAGCUAGCUAUAGCUAUCCCAUACGGAAAAUAAAUGUAUUUUAAAUAUAU